AUGAGAUUCUCAUAUGGCACUCCUUCCAAUUGCAUCAGUAUACCUCCACCCUUGGUCACAGAAAGUUUUUUAAGGACUUGUGAAGAUCCGUUCAUAUGCCAAAAUAAAAUAUUAAUCAUCGUCCAAAAUAUUAUGUGUUUAAUAAAUGACAAAUAUAAUAUUAUCCAAAUAUUUAUUAUUUAUACAGUUACUUCAAAUGUUUACGUAUCAUCGGUCACCAACGAUACUACAUAUUUUCAGACAAGACAACUCAGUGGCCAACAGUAUCGUCUGGACUAUAAUUUACAGAAUCACACGAAAUAUGAAGAAAAAAUUUCAGACCAGUCAAGAACACUAUUCGAUUGGAAUAGUCCAAGAGUUUUAUCGAAAGAAGAAAUAAAAGUUCAGUCGAAAGGAAUUGAUAAAAAUUUGGAAACUGAGAGAGUUGAGAAUAAUGUUUGGUGGCCGUGGAAAAACUAUGACGAUUGGUUGAAUGGUAGGGGAUUAAAAUCAGAGCAACCAAAAAAAUCAGAAAAAAAGAUUCAAAAGGAAAAAAAACAUAAAAAGAAGAACAGGAAAAAUGAAAGAAAAAAAAAGAAGUCAAGACCUGGUAAAAAAUUAAACACCGCAGUCGAAAGUAGUGAUAAAUUCUCGGUCAAUGCCGAAGACAACGAAAUCAUAAAAAAAGAAUCAAUACCCGAAAUACUUUACAAAGCAUCGCCGAUUGAUAUAAUUUUAAGAAAUUCUUCUUUAGUUCCAGCCUUGGUGAAAUAUUCAUCCAGAAAUUAUACUUAUGAUGUAAACGAAUGCUUGACAAAUAACGGAGGUUGUGAGGGACUUUGCAUCAACACUCCAGGAUCGUACAGGUGUCAUUGUCCGCCCGGUUUUAUGGUAGCUGACACCAAAUGCGAAGACAUUGAUGAAUGCUUGUUGCGCAACGGGCAUGGGCCAUGCCAAGGCGCGUGCACCAACACCUGGGGCGGUUACAAGUGUUCGUGUCACGGCAUACCAGGCACACGGUUAGCCAACGACCGGCACACUUGCGACGACGUGGACGAGUGUCGGGACGGCACGGCUGGGUGUUCGCACCAGUGCAUCAACACGGUGGGAUCCGCGUUCUGCGUGUGUCCGGAUGGAUUGCAGUUGGACGACAGCUGGAAAACGUGCGUGGACGUGGACGAGUGUUCGGACCCAGAGCUGCAGCAAUCACCGGACAUUUGCUCUGAAAGUGGUUUGAAGUGUCUCAACACGUACGGCUCAUAUAAAUGCGUGACGUAG